ACGUGCAUCGCACGAAUUGAAUACUAGUUAUUUAUUAAAAAGUCCAACAUGCAGUCAAUAUAACUAACCCAAUUAAAUCGAUCAUGGUUCUAGCCAAUUUUUCGUAUGGGUUACUGUUACUCCAAACAAAGUUCCCAUAUACAACUCGUUUAGCAACCAAAAUCAUGUUCAAUACAAGAAAGGUCUCAAUUCAUGGUAAUCAAUAUAAAUACGCUUCAAGAAAUCCACGCCAAACAUAGUUCAUCAAAACAAUUGAUUCGUUCGAUUUGUAUUACUUCCAACACGCUCAUUGAUCCUAAUAUGAAGUGAGACAGAAAAUGAUAAUCGAAACCACCAAACCAACUCUAAUAACUACUCCACAACAACAAAAAAAAAAAAAACAAAAAAAAGGUUUUUGGCAACAUUCAAAUAAGAGUAGUAAAAUGAACUCCAAGAAGUCAGUUGAAGUUGUUGCUGACAACAGAAGUACAAAAGUAACCCUCCCUCAAAGAAAAAAAAAGUUGAAAACAUCCACGAUCCAUCACUAUCUUCCAUUUCUCCAAUUCCACCAUACUCAACUCAAAUCUUCUACUCAACACAUUCAAUUUUCAAUUCUCCAGAAAUUCAAUUCAAUCGAUAAACCCUAGAAAACCCAGAAUUCAAACAUUCUGCAAAUCAAACCAAUACUAAAAAAAUAAAUAAUUCAAUGCCAAGUCGGGAAUCAAGUCACCGGCUUGCUGGUUCACCAAUUAGGUCUCGAAUUUCAUCUCUUAUGCUUGCUAUGUUCGCUACAAUGGCUUCCCUUUACGUCGCUGGCCGAUUGUGGCAAGAUGCGGAGAAUCGAGUUUAUAUGAUUAAGGAGAUUGAUAAGAGGACGGAUAAGGGGCAGACAGCUAUAUCUGUUGAUGACACUUUGAAAAUAAUAGCUUGCCGGGAACAGGAAAAGAAACUGUCAGCCCUCGAGAUGGAACUAGCUGCUGCUAAAAAAGGAGGGUUUGUUUCAAAAUACUCUACAGGGAAUGAUGCUACUGCUAAAAAGAAGAAGCUUUUAGCUGUUAUAGGAAUUGCUACACAAUUUGGUCGGAGGAGGAACAGAAAUGCUAUACGAAAAGCAUGGAUGUCUGCUGGAGCUGCAUUGAAAAAGCUAGAGAAUGAGAAGGGCAUUGUUCCAAGAUUUGUGAUUGGAAGAAGUGCAAACCGUGGAGACAGUUUGGACAGAGAUAUUGAUGUGGAAAGCAGGCAGACCAACGAUUUCAUUAUUCUUGACGAUCAUGUAGAGGUGCCAGAGGAAAUUUCUAAGAAGACAAAAUUGUUUUUUGCUCAUGCUGCUGAAACAUGGGAGGCUGAGUUCUAUGUCAAGGUCAAUGAUGAUGUUUAUGUUAAAAUAGAUGGCCUCGCUGCAAUUCUUUCUGCAAAUUUGGAUAAACCUCGUAUUUAUAUUGGGUGCAUGAAGUCAGGAGAAGUUUUCUCUGAGCCGGGUAAUAAAUGGUAUGAACCAGAUUGGUGGAAAUUUGGCGAUGGGAAAUCGUACUUUCGACAUGCUUCUGGAGAGAUAUUUGCCAUAUCCCAGGAAUUGGCUCAGUUUGUAUCAAUAAACAGGUCCAUCCUUCGAACCUUUGCCCACGAUGACAUCAGUGCUGGGUCUUGGUUUAUUGGACUGGAUGUGAAGCACAUUGAUGAAGCAAAGCUUUGUUGUUCUUCUUGGUCAUCAGGUGCUGUAUGUGCAGCUGGUUGACUUUACAUGGCAAGCAUUAUGUAUCUACACACAGUAUAAACUUUCAUGGAGACCAUUCUUUAGCCUCAGGCCCUCAGCGUAGGCCCUUGGUUGACAUUGAGAAUAUCGCUGCCACUGUAAGUUGAUUCUGUCUAUAUCUUAAGAGCCCGAGACCUUCAGCAGCGACCAGCUCGUGAGUUAUGUGUCUUAGACAGGUCACCACAGACCCUGCAACAACAUUGAUCACAGCUAGGUAUACAGGCUGUUGAGGUUACACAAAUGGAGGGAAGUAGUCCUUUUCCCUUACUGUGUAUCAUACAGCAAAUUUUGACACAUGACACGUACAGAAAGAAAAUGCCCCCCCCCCUCCCCCCACCACCCCCCCCCCACCCCCCCCCCCCCAAAAAAAAAAAAAAGAUUCAUUACAGUGUAAUUUGUGCUAAGUGUGGGACUGAUAAAUCAAUCUAUUUUUGCUCCAUUAGAUACAUGAUCAUUUAACUUCUUUUGA